AUGACACCUGCGCUCCAGCGCAGCCGCGCCUCGUCCAGCGUGCCUCUCCCGGAUAUGACCGAGCGCGAGAAGCCGCCAGCCGCUGGGCCGCCGGCGUCUGCGGCGGCCUCCUUCGCCGUGGGAGGCGCGGGGACAAGUGGCUCAACUGCCGCGCCCAUCCCCUUCGAGACAGGGGGGUGCGUGUACUACAUCACCAAUCCGCAGGCGGGUCUGGAGGACUUCCUCUCCUCGGUGCCCUCUUCGGAGAGUCUGCGUGGAGGGCUCGACGGCGCGUCGCUGUGUGGGGGGAUGGCGUCUGCGGAGUCGUUUCCCCCCGCCUCGCCUCCACGCUGGGCAGAUCUGCAGGCGAUAGGCUCGUCUGCCUCUUCGUUCUGCGCGGAUGCGUACGCAUACCCCGGGGACCAGGGAGGGGCGCCGCUGCCCUGUGCGCCGCCGCACGCGGCGCUGCCGUUCUUUGCUCCUGGCGUGCCGUCCGCCGACACUCAAGAAGGGCAUCCGCCGCCCGGCGCCUCGCCCGAGUUUGCUGGCGCGCCUCCGCCGUUCGAUGCUGUGCCAGCGCCCCUCCUGUUCGACCGUGGAGGCGCGAGCAGCCCCUGCACGCCAGACAGUGGGGACGCGCUGGCCGUUCAGCAGCUGGCUUACGCCUCUGCGCCACUUCCACCUGUCUCUUUCUCGCCGCACGCCGGCAACUUCUAUGACGCCCCGGGAGCCCACACGCCGUCUUCGCGCCCCUUCUUCCCGGGCCCCGGGGACAGAGACCCCUGCGGGCCCCAGUCCCCGGGGGUGCGCCACCAGAGCCAGCACCCGCUCUUCAUCCCGCCCACACAGCGCGCAGCUUUCCCCAUCCUCGCCUCGUCGCCAGUCGCUGCGCCCGGAGGCGGGGACGGAGGCGCCGAGGGCAGCCGAGGCGGCGGGUCGAAUGGUGCCUUUGGCGGAUACCGCCGAGGGAGCGCCGCCGACCCAGCUUCGCUGCCCGCGAGCGCCACUGCGGCAUCAGCGCCGGCCGACUUCAGCAAGCCCAGCACGAAGGUGGACGUCUCGGGACGCUAUACUUCUCUGCCGAGGAGUCCCUGCUCAUCCUCUCUGCGAGCCGAGAGCUCCCCCCUCGGCGGCGCCUCGAAUUACGCGGGAGGUCGCCUGUCUCCGUUCUCCCCUCCAUUUGCACCAGCGGGGGGCGGGGGGCUUCUUGAGCUCCCUCUAGGGCCACCGCUGGCGGCGCGGGCCGCCCCAGUGACGCUCAAUGGAGCCCAGUGCGGCGGUGGAGGGGCUUCGUCGCCAGGCGGCGGCCCCGGGGCGGGCAGCCACCGCUGCCAAGGAAGUGAGGCCAGCAGGGCCGAGGGGGGGGGAUCCUUCGGCGGGGGUGGGUUGCCGCUCUCCGCUUCGGCAGCGCCUCCUUUCUAUCCUUCCUCCGCCACGGCUGCGCUGGCAGCUGCGCGGCUAGGCCGCCACGCGGGGGUGUCGCCGCCGCCCCCCUCUGUCCCGCUGAAGAGUGCAGGCUUUGUGAACGUGUCUCUUUCGAAUCCGAGUGAGGAGGGCGCGCGGAAGAAUGGCGGCGGCAGCGGCUCCUCCUACGGCUACCGCUCCAACAGUAGUCCGGCGCCUAGCGCGUUUCCGGGUGCAUCUCCGACGAGCGCAGCGGCGGGUGCCACGCCAAAGACGCGUGGGACCACCAACGGCGUGGGAGCCUCUGCGCUUCCCAACGGCUUGGGCGGCGGCUCUCCUUCACUGUUGUUUUCACCGUCGCCUUCUUCGUUUCCAUCUGCGUCGUCCUCGCCGCCGCUGCUAAUGCACCCGCUGGUGUCGCCAGUGCGCCUCAACCUCGGGGCCGCCUCCGCGGGCUCGCCGCUCGCUCCUGGGGUGAAGAAGCGCCCUCCGUCGUUUCCUGUCUCCUCCUCUUCGCUCGUGUCCUCGCUGUCUCCGGCUGCCUCGCCGUUCGCGCCUGCGGGCGGGCACUCCGCUGUCGCGCCUCUGCCGCGCCCGUUGACGUCUGUGCCUCCGGGCGGGAACGCCGAGCGGGCUGGCGGCGGAGACGUCACUCAGCAGUUCCUCCUGGCGGGACGCGCACAGGAUGCAGAAUCAGGGGGGUCGCGAGACGACCGGCUGAGUGACUCGUUUUCGCCCUCCUCCGUCGCUCAGCUCUUCUUUCCGCCGGCCUCCAACGGCGAGGCCGGAGAAGCUGGCUCCGCUGAGGGAGCGCCGGCAGACGCGGCACCUGAAACUGCGGCAGCGGAGGGCCUGCGACUGCCGGGUUGGGAUGGAGAAGGAACGGGGCGGAGCGGGGACUCUCUCGCCCAGUAUUCGCGGGAGACCUCAGAGCAACUGGCGCCCACGUCUCCUUCUCUCGCCCCAGCCUCGCCUGCAGAUGCGCAAGCGGCUGCAGUCCCAGGAAGUGAGGAAGAGUCGGCAGGGACAGCUCCGGCGGGAGGGAUGCGCGGCGGCGUCAGCGAGCCAGAAAACGAGGGAGCUUCCCAGGAGGGGGCUGCAGGCGCGUCGCAGGAUUUUUCUCCGGGUAUGUCCUGUCCCUCUGUCGCCCCUAUUUUGGACGAGUCGCCCUCUGGGCUCAGCACAGCUGUGCCGCCGCUGUUCCGUGCAUCGUCUUUCUCCCUGCAUCGCCCGUCUUUGCUGGCCUCGCGGGCGUCGAUGCAUGAGCUCUCAUUGUUUCCCUCCUGUCUCCCUCAUCCUGGUCCGCGCGCAACGCCGUUUUCUUUCUUUUUGCCGACCGAUAUUACGGCUGCUGAAGAUCCGUUCUCUUGGCUGUCUCCUCCCUCUGUGCCGGACGCCCUCUCCUCUCCUCCAGGGUGUAGUUUUUAUCCAGCCGGGCGUGCGAGUUGUCCUCCGUCUGUGCCGCCUCUUGCGUCUUUGCCCCCUGCCGGCGGCGGCGACAAAGAUCUCCCUGCCUCCGUCCCAGCCUUCUCGUCGCCGGUGCCGCCGGCAGUCCCUGCCGGCCUUCGGGCCGAAGCCCAACUUCAGCGGCUCUCUCGUCUUCUCUCGGAGAGACACCUCCAGUCGGAUGCGUCGCUGCCUGCGCUCGUGGAUCCCACCGGCUGCUUUUCUUCGUCUUCCUCCUCCUGUAACUCUUCAUCUGCUGAUGCUGCCGCGGCGGUCUCGGCGCCCGAACAGACCGACGUACCGGCCGCACCCCAGCCGGGCGUCGGGGGUUGCGCCCACACCAACAACCUCUCUUGUUUGUCUUCCUCCUCCUUGCCUUGUCUUUUUCUCCCUUCCUCCGCCCCUGGUUCGCUUCCUGCUUCGUUUUCCUUGCCGUCUUCGUUUCCGCCUUUUUCUUGUUCUUUGCAUGCAGUCUCGUCCUCGGCAGCAGACGCCUCAGCCGCUGGCGCAGGGCCAGCCGCGAGUCGCGAGCCGCAGUUCCUUUCUCUUGCUGAAAGCCUUGCGAAGGCGAGUGAGAGCUUCUUCGCCGAGCGCGACGGGGUCGCGGGGAGCCAGGCCGCGCAGGAAGCCGGGAAUGCGUUCGAGCCAAACAAGGAGGAACGCGACGAAGAGCUCGAGAAGGAGCUCUGCGGUCUUCGGUUUCUGUCGGGACCAGGGGACUUCGAGGACGCCUGUGCCUUCGGCCGGCGCCCACCGCUCCCUGCCCAGCUGGGCGCCGCUGCCGGCGACCACGGGCGAGCGCAGACGGCGCUGGAGAACGACGCAGGGCUGUCUCCUCGUCUGCCGGCACCGCCGGAGGUCCCGGACUGCGUCGGAGGGAAGUUCUGCAACCUCCUUCUUCUGGAUGACUGGGCUGAGCAAAUAAGUCGCCUUGAAGACGCCCGCAAAAACCCCAGGGCGACGCAGAAGAAGGCCAAGGGCCCGAGCUUGAAGCGCGCGGGCGGCGCCUACGAUCGCAUCAUUUGGACGUUCAAGGCGCUCUCACUGCAGGACGGUGGCGCCUACGUCCUCGUCCGGGUCGCCAGUCAGAACCUCAAGGCGUUUGACCGCAUGCAGCGCACCGCGAAGAGGUGGAUGUCAGUCACGGCCGCGCACCCCUGCCUAGUUCCUCUCCGGUCCAUCUUCAUCACGCCGGAUUUUCGCAGCCUGGACGUUUCCGUGGCUUCGCCCUCCUGGUCUUCGAUCGCGCCGCCUGAGGCGCUGAAGCCGGGCGUGUCUCCCUCGGAGACGCUGCCGCAGUCGUCUGCACCAGGUCCUUGCCCCGUCCUCCUCGCGCCGGAUCCAGGGACUCCCACGCGGGCAGACUCGGACGAGAAGGUACCCGAGGAGGCGCCGCAAGAAGCCGAGCGGAAGGCGGGUUUGAGCGACGCGGUCCCCGGGCAGCCGCAGAGCCGCGAGGGCCGCGGCGAAGGGGCAAACGAGGGUGCGGAUCCUUCCAGGCCUGCCAUGGGCACGCCGAGCGGGGCGACUCUCAAGCCACACGAGAACGGGCCUGUCCGUGGAGCGGGCGACGCCGCCAAGCUCACUGAGGCCGGGGACGCGAAGCCAGAGCAGGGCGAUCUACACAAGUCGGUCGUCCUCGUGUACGACUUUUUUGCCAAUUGCAGGACGCUAGAGGAGCUACAUCUGGGCUGUCGCAGCCGUUACACGUCCCCUUCUGCAGUGGAGCACGCCUCGCCGAGUUCUGGUUCGCCCUGGGCUCGAUUCGCCUCCGCAUUCCGCGACCCCUGGCUCUGCCGGAUGCAGAGCCAGCGCGCGGACGGGGGACGGGAUCUCGAAUUCACGCAAGAAUCAGGCUGUUCGCGCGCGGGGAGAAGUCCAGAGAACGACGGGGAGGGGAGGGAGGGGGCGGAGCCGAAGAAGUGUGCAGUGAAGGGCGAAGAAACGCAACCGCGGAGCACAGAAGCCGAGGAAGGCCCUCUCACGGCGCGCGUGGACGAAGCGAUUCAAAGCGCAAACAAAGGCGGCGACAACGAAAAACGAACCUGCGAAUGCGCCAGCUUUGUUCACCAAGGGAAACACGCGCAUAUGGAACCGGCCCCAGCAGCGACGCCAGGGCAGCAGCCUGGCGAAGACACCGCGGAGAAAUCCGCUGAGAGCAAUGCAUGCGUCGCGCGAGAGGCGGAGGCAAGGGGAGCGUCUCAUGCGGCCUCCCCUGCGCAGCGUCGGGCUCCGAGAGCGGCGGAGAAAGAAAGAGAAUGCGGUUCGGCAGAGACUGAAGGACGGCGACGGGCAGAAGAAAACGAUCAAGGCGAAGACGAGAGCUGCGCGACGGACGCGCCCUCUCCACGGAUCCCUGAGACCCUCCUUUGGUCGUACCUCAUCCAGCUGCUUCUCGGCAUCGUUCACGUUCACAAAUGCGGCGUGGCGGUCGGUCGCGCCCUCUGUCUGUCAAAGAUCUUAGUGAACUACCGAUAUCGCCUUCGCAUCGCGGCCUGUGGCCUCCGCGAGAUUAUCUGUGACGAAGAAGACGUCGACGAGCCUGGUUUCGAGGGCGAGAGCGCGCACCCGAAAGCCGAAGGGGCGGGGGAACGCCGAAAAGGAAAGCGCGAGAAAAAGGGCGGGGUGCGUGGGCGAUCGACGACUCACAGCGGAGGAAAAGAAACGCCGGGCGCGCGAGGAGGAGAGGAGGAAGGCGACGCAGAUAACGGCGAAGCACCGACUGGAGGCGCCGCGCGAGACAGAGUCGCGCUACUGGAGGAUGCCCAGCGCGGAGAUCUUCGAAUGCUGGGCGAGAUCAUGCUCACGUUGGCGUGUGCCGCGGUCGACUCAUCUUUCGAGGCCCCGCGCUGUCCGUCGAGCGACUUCCUUUCGGCCUGCUUCUCCCACAUCGUGGUGCCUUUCAGCGGCUUCUCUGGCGAGCUCAAGUCGUGUAUCUCUCAGCUUCUGUCGUCUGCCUCGCCUACGUCGCCUCCCUCGUCUGCCUGUCCUUCGGCUGGGCACCUGCUCAGCGCCUACCAGCACCGGGUGUCGUGCGUCAUGACCCAGCAGCUCGAAAGCACCGACACCUUUGAAGCGUUGCUCUUCCAGGAGAUGGAGGCAUCGCGGCUCAUGCUUGUUCUGUUCAAAUUGCAUUUUGUCGCUUUGCGUGCGGCGCCGAGCUCCGCCUUCGCGUCGGACCGGUGCGUGAUGCACCCUGGUGACAGCUUUCUUCUCUCCCAGUUCUUCGAUUUUCUCUUCAAACAGGACAGCGCGCGGGGCGAACCGGCGCUGGAUCUGUGCCGCAUCUACGAGGCGCUCCACAAACUUGACGCCGGCGCAGGAGAGCUUCUGCCUCUCCACUGCGAGGGCUCCACAGCUGCGGCUCGCGUCUCGUACCACGACCUCCGCCGGUGCGUUGAGCGAUCGUUUGCAAUCCUCCUCUCCCAGGGGGGCGGCAGCCUCUGCUACGCGCCUUUUCCUUCAUGUAGUGUUUCCCCAGCUUCCGCUUUCCGCGUCCCGUAUCCUCUCCCGGCUUCAUCGCCAGGUCAGUUUCCCUCUGCCUCCUCUCGGGCGACGCCGCCCCCCUUUUCCGCCCCCCCGUGGUUCCCCGCCUCUGCGUCUUUCUUUUCUGCUGCCGGCGCUCGGUGCCCGUCUUCUUCAUUCGCCUCCAGCGCCGGCUGGCUGCCUUCCGGAGCGCCUCCGCGCCCAGACGAGCGUGAGAAACCCGCAGAGAAGCCCGGCGAGGUCCUCGCUGCCUCUGGCGGGUCAUGGGCUUCCUCGGCCGCGGCGGCGCCCGCCGCGCCGCACCCGGGGUCGGGCGCCCGGGGCCCAGAGCUCGGCGAAGGCCCCUCGGAGGGUGACGGCGUCAAAUGGGGCCGCGCAGGAGACCGGGACGCACUCGUGGAUGCCGCUCUUUCCGUCGCGCCGCCGUUUCCUGUCUCCGUGGCGCCGCCGUUUCCUGGGGCCCUCGUCUCUGAGAAAGCGCCCGUUUUUUCGAGGCCGUCAGGCGUUCUAGCGGAGGGCUCGGAGAAGGCGCGCGGAGAGUCGGAUGACCCGCAGUCCUUCUUCCCGUCGUUCUCGACGGCAGAACCGAAUGCGCCGUCUGAGCGAGGGAGCGCGCCGCAGGUCUCGUCUUCGCUCCUGGUGUCGCCCUUCGGGUCCGCCGCGGUCUCUCGGGCGGGCUUCCUGGGGGAGCCUCCGACAGACGGCGACUUCCCGGAGAGGCUCAAGGGCCUCUCCACCCAGAGCGGUCGGCCUCUCCGCGAGAAGCGCGCGUCGUCUGCGCCGCUUUCGGCGUCUGCGGCUUCGUCCUUCAGCUCCUUGUCUGCCGCGGCCUUCGCGCCCUCCCCCGAUCCGCCCCCCCUGCGGACACCCGCCGGGGGGCAGGGCGGGCAGGCAGGCGCUCCCCCUUUUGCCGCGUCCGGCGCGCUCGGGGCUUUCCAGUUUGGUCCCGAAGCGACGACUGUGUCGCUGCCCGGCGACGCGCAGAACGGCGUCGCCGCUCAAUCGCUCCUGUGUGCCUCUCCGUUCGCUCCCGCGGGCUGCUCAGGCUUUGCACCACCGCCGCCGCUUCUCGGCGCGCGCAGCCAGGAUCUCUCGGCGGCCUUCUUCAGCGCGCCCUCGUCUUUCCCGCCGCCUUCGCAGCCAAGCAUGCUGUGGCGGGUCGAGCGAGGCCGAGCGUGCGAGCCGAAAGAAGGGCGCGGCGGGGCGGCCUCCGAGGGCGGCGACCAGGAUUCGCAGGAGGCCGUUCGCUCGGCGUUCGAGGCGGCGAUUGCGCGGGCCGCGGCUCGGCGGACUCAGUCGACGACUGAGCACGCGGCCGGCUCGUCCUCCGUCUCCUUCGUCUCCUCCACGCCGUCGGGGCGAGACGACGAGGAGGACAAGAAGGAGGAAGAAGGCGAGAGGGGGGCGGGCGAGGCCGCGGACGCGCAAGACGCCGUCCGCACCGCCAUCGCGCUGGCGGUCGCCAGAGCUGCGGCGCGGAGGGAAGCUGCUGAGAGGGAGAAGAAAUGUCUGGUGGCGUCUGAACACGAGAGGGACUCGGACGUCUCGCACGUCCACGCGCGGCAUGAAUAG